CAAAGCGUAACAGUGGCGACUCACUUAUAUUUAUUUGUUUCUUCUUUAAGUUAACAACUGAAGCUGUGACAGUUUCAGAUGAGUGAAGCAACAACAAGAAACGAACGGCGGGUUCUGGUGGCGGUGGACGAAGGCGAGGAAAGCAUGUACGCUCUUUCUUGGAGCCUCAAGAACAUAAUUUUCCAAAAUUCCAGCGAUACCCUUAUCCUUCUUUACGUCAAGCCCCCUCAUGCCGUUUAUUCCCCCUUAGAUUCCACAGCCAGGAUAGAUCAUCCUGAAACUCCAGGAUAUUUGUUUUCGUCGGACGUAAGUGCGGCCAUCGAGAAGUAUGGCCAAGAAGUGGCAGAUUGCGUGUUAGAGAAAGCAAAAAAAUUGUGUAAAGAUCUCCAAAACGUCAAGGUGGAAACCCGGGUAGAAAUUGGAGACCCAAGGGACGUGAUCUGUGACAUGUCUCAAAAGUUGGGUGCUGACUUGUUAAUCAUGGGUAGCCACGGCUAUGGAGUUGUAAAGAGGGCUUUCCUUGGAAGUGUGAGCAAUUACUGCUCACAGAACGUGAAGUGCCCAAUUUUGAUAGUCAAGAAGCCAAAACCAUCUGCUGGUGCUGGAAAAUGAUCUGCCAAUUCUGUUAUUUUUAUGUAGAAUUUAGUUUUGUCAGUCACUGUUUUGGGUAUGUGUUGUUUUUCCCUGUAGUGUAGCUAGUUCUUCUAGGAGGAUCUUGUCAUGUGGUUGAUAUUAAAGCACCAAGUAGAGGCUUUCUUUUCAGUCUUAGAGAAGAUCUUUGAGAAUUGUGGAUGUCCAAGUGCGUAGUGUCUCAAUUUGGGUCAAUUCGAACUCAUUGUAUCCCGAGUUAAACUAAGCCUCUUGCAGUUAGAGUUAGAAAAUUAUCGAGGUAACUUCAGAUAAAUAAAUAAGCAUACUAACUCGUAUUUCAGAUA